CUUGCCAGAGGCUUUCGACAGUCAAAGACUCGAAAAGUCACGUAGUGUAACUAUCAAACUUUUGCAUCGCCCAGUGAUGCGAAUUGCUGUCGUACGCUUGUGGUGCUGUGCGCGCUACUCAUCGCCGCUGUCGUUCACUAGGUCGGCUACAUUCACUAAUGACCCCGCAAGACGGGCGCAUAUCAACACCAAGGCUACACAAGCCCGGAGCUAUAUAAUGGUUCGAGUGAUCUAAUACCGCCCGGACCGAAGAGGUAUUUGCUCGUAUAUAUACCCUCUAGUCGAUGCCUUCUUGUUCCCAGCUUCGUCCACACGACGGUCUCAUCAUGAAAUCUCUCUUCAGCAACGUCGCUCUCUUCCUGCUUAGCCUGACGCAGGCGCAGGCUGCAGUCCAUCGCCGCCUCUCGUCUCAGCCGACUGUCGGCACUCUCCACCGCCGCACCUACUUCUAUGCAGGCGGAGAGUUUGCACCUCAGAGUCCGUCGGUAAUCAGUCACGGACAGGUGUACAUUGAGCACCUUGUACCAGCAAAUGUCACCCAGCCUCUCCCACUGCUUAUGGUGCAUGGGAUGGGAAUGACUGGCACGAAUUUCCUCAACACGCCCGACGGUCGCGUCGGGUGGGCGGAUCAUUUCAUGAGUAAGGGCUGGGAGGUUUACGUCAUAGAUCAGCCUUCUCGUGGGCGGUCGGCGUGGUCGGAGAGCACUGACGGAGACGUCAGCCUCCUGGACACAGAGAGCAUCGAGUCCCGCUUCACAGCUCCACAGGACUUCAACCUCUGGCCUCAAGCGGCUCUUCAUACCCAAUGGCCUGGAAAUGGAACGCUGGGUGACCCCAUUUUUGACGAAUUCUUCAAGUCGAUGGUGCAGUCUCUCAACAACGGCACGCAGGCUCAAGUGGAGAUUCAAGCCGCAGCGGCAGACCUGUUCAACAAGACCGGACCAGUGGUACUACUAAGCCACUCGCAGGGCGGCCCUAUAGGAUGGGUGCUGGCAGACGCAAGUCCCGCCAAUGUUCAUGCCAUUUUGGCGAUUGAACCCGCCGGCCCGCCCUUCAUGGACGCCGUCAUCGGCACCUCCCCCGACAACUUCUGGGGCAUUGCCAACAUCCCGUUGAAUUACUCGCCGCCAGCUACAUCCCCGUCCGACCUCCAGCCGACUAUCGUCUUCACAGACCCGAGCGUCAACUUCACCUGCUUCCAGCAGGGCGCUAACCCGCCACGGAAGCUCGCGAACCUGAUGGACAUACCGGUGCUAAUGGUGACGUCCCAGGCAAGCUAUCAUGCAGUAUAUGACAACUGCACGGCGGCGUACCUACAGCAGGCUGGUGUCAACGUGGAUCAUGUGCACCUGGAAGAUGUCGGGAUCAUGGGGAAUGGGCACAUGAUGUUCAUGGAGUUGAAUAACAUCGAGAUAGCGGAGAAGGUGCUUGAACCGUGGCUUGCAAAGACGAUCUCCGGAACGCACGAGUAAAGUUCUGUACUCAAUGCCGUUAGCAUGAUUCAAAGUCAAACAGAUUAUGCUCGCAAGUCACGGUUAAGUUCGUUGAAAGACUCUGCACUUGAAUUUGAGUCUCAUACUAGCUAACUUCUGACUGUGACAUCUAUCAGAAUAGUUGCUACGGGAGAGAAUUAAAUUUUUUUGCGU